ACGGUAAAAGGUGGAAUACAAUGUGAUGUGUACGAAAUUUUGUUCCACGUCGAAACAACUAGAUCGGGAAAGUAAGAAAAGGUGGUCGGUCACUUGGUUGAUGCUUGUAUUUUAAGACAACUGCAAAUAGGGUGUGAAACUUAAUUCAUUAAUAAUUUAAACAUGAAUAAGUUAUUAUUUUUCGCCUUAUUUCUAUUUCCGGCCUUAAUAUUAAUUUUUGAAAAUGGAAAAAUUGUGUCUUACGCCGAGGAAGAUCCAAUAGAAGAAGAUGAAGUGGAAGUUGAAGGGGAGGCUGAUGUGGAAGAGGUUGGAGCUACUGAAGAAUAUGAGGAUGAUACUAAAUCAUUGUCAUCACCAUAUGCUGAUACUACAUUAUUAUUUGUGAAACCUGAACUAACUGGUGCCUCUCAAAUGGAAAUCCCUGCUGGUCUUCCUGUUGAGUUUUUAGUUGGAUUCCGUAAUAAAGGUGAUCAAGAUUUUAUUGUUGAUACUCUUGAGGCAUCUUUCCGUUAUCCUAUGGAUUUUAACUUCUACAUUCAAAAUUUCUCAGCUAUUGGUUACAGGAAAAUAAUAGCACCAGAAAAAGAAGCUACUUUCCAUUACAGUUUUCUUCCUUCAGAAGCAUUUGCUGGAAGACCAUUUGGACUCAACAUCAUGUUGAAUUAUCAUGAUAGUAAUGGCAAUCCUUUCCAAGAAGCUGUUUUUAAUGAAACUGUACAAGUUGUUGAAUUGGAGGAAGGUUUAGAUGGAGAAACUUUCUUUUUGUAUGUCUUUUUGGCUGCUGGAGUAGUUUUACUUUUGGUUAUUGGUCAACAAACUCUUUUAUCUGUUGGUAAAAAACGCAGUGGAGGAAGUGGUGGUAGCAGUAGAAAGUCAGCCCCUGUUGAAACUGGAACUAACAAUCCAAACAAUGUUGAUUAUGAUUGGCUACCUCCUCAAGUUAUCGCUAGUUUAUGUAAGUUUCAUGGAUUAGUAAUGCUUCAGAUUAUAUAUAUUAUAUCCACAAAUCAAAAUUGUGUGAAAAGUGAUGGUUUUCCAUUGCUCUAUCUCAAAUAAACAGUAUAUAUCAAAUAUCUAAAAUGUACUGUUUGGGCUUGAAGAGUAUCAAACUAUAGCAUAAAUAAUUUUUUUAUCACCUAUUUAAUAGAAAAUUGGUAUAUUGCAAAAUCAUUUGAGUUUUCAUAAUCAUGAAAUCAGUUUACAGUGAAACUUUCAAACACAGUAAAUAAAAUCCAGCUAAAAAGUUUCAAAAGAAGUUAUUUAGAACAUGAAAUGAAAUUUGAACAUAUAUUUCUAUGGUAAUUCUUAUAACUUUGUGUGUCUCUCUCUACUUGUUUCCCCAGUCAUUAGGCUCGUGACCUCUUUGGAAUGUCUUUAUUCCCUUUUUAUUGUCUCCUUUCAUAUUUCUCAAUUUUCAUCCUGGUGUAAGGAUACUUGGGGUUGGUCUGUUUGAUUGUUCAGUUGUUUGAUUUGAUCAGACCAUCUUAAAAGCGAUCAGUAUCUUCUUCUUUUCUAUCUUUGUGUCCAGAAUACACUUUUUUCAUGUAUAAUAAUGAUAGUCUGGGGGUUACAAAUACCAUUUCCAAUAUUGACUGAUUAAUUUUCUUCCAGGGAAUUCUAAACAAUCUUCUGUAGCACCACAUUUUAAAUGAAUCAAUAUAUUUGCUCUCUUCAAUCUUAAGUAUCCACGAUUCUGGGCUGUAUGAGUAGAUUGAUCAGAUUCAUUUUAGCGUUUUUGGUUAUGUAAGAGUUCCUAUAUUUUAUUAAGUCUUAUCAAGGUAUUUUUCUUUUAACUUACAAACCUAUAAGUGUAUGACCAAAAUAAUAGUAUUACAUUAAAGGAAGGUUCUAAUGUGUGUAAAUUAUUAAACACAAUGAAAAAAAUUAAGGAAAGUCAUUCAUCGAAACCUUAAAUUUCUACAUUCUCACGAGUAGUACGUUGUUUGUGCUUAUUACUACCAAUAAUUUCAUAUUUUUCAUGGGAAAUUUAAUUAAAUAAAAUUACUUUCGAUUCUGACUUUUUGAUAGCGUGUAAACAAUUGCCGAUUUUUUAAAUAUAGGUAUUUACAUUGAGGAAUUUGAUUGAUUUGAAGUUACAUAAAUGUAUGUGUAAAUAAUGAAUUUGUUUAUGUCUCACUAAUAGAAAAGUGGAAUAAAGCAAAAAACGGCAGAAAUAUUUAACUUGCAUCAUCCUUAUAACAUGGUUUUCACACAUCUGUAGGACAAAUCUAUUUAAAAUUUUACUAUAUAUGUAAAAUGAAUUAAGCAAAAAAUAUGUUAAAUGUGUAGCUGGGAACAAUGUAAUAAAUAAUACUACAUGCUCAUAAAAAAGUGUAAUAAAUUUCAAGUUCAGAUUAAUUAAAAAAAUUUUUCAAAAAUGUUAAUUUGUCUGCAAAUUGUUAUACCUAGUUUUUAUUUCUUUAAGUUGACUAAUAUGACAAAUAUGAAAGUUCCUUGUACAGUUACUGAGGAAACAGUUGGACAUAGAAAUUGCUGUAAAUUAAAUCUAAACUUCCUAAUAAUUCUUUUGAAAACAUAAUAUCUUCAAAAGGGUUGCAAUGAGCAGUCUACCUAAGUGAAAACUUUUAUACUUCGACGAGUAUGUUUCCACAUUGUAAAAAAUUGUAUUUUCAAUGUUUUCAUUUUUCUUAAACCAAAUUCAACCCAGUAUUAUGUGUCAGUGUUAUAUAGAACAUCUUUUACAAUAGUAGUUAAAACUUUUACAUUUUCAUUGUAUAGAUUUCAAAUAUUGUUAAUUAGUAUUUAUGUUCAUUUUUUGUUCUUACAGCUAAGGAAAAAGUUCAAAAGUCACCUAAAAGCAAGCCUCAAAGCCCAAGGCAGAGAAAAGUAAAACGUACUACUGGAUCUGAGUAGUGAUGAAUUAGUGACUGAUUAAGACAUUUUCACCUCAUUCCUCUCAUCAUGAGCAAAAAAAGACUUAAUCAUAUUGUAAUUUUCUUUCCAUUAUCAUCGGAAAGACUAAUAAUGACCACCUUUCAUACAAUCUAAGAAUUUUUUUCUCAUAGAACAAUUAUGUAUAUUGAAUGAAGAUUCAAAACCUCUUUUUUGGCUUUGUGUAUUAUGUUUCUAUUUAUUAUAAAAGCGCACAAAUUUAAGUUAUAAGUUGAAAAUUUAUUAUAAAUUUUGUUUUCAUAUUUUUAAAAAUCUCCAAUAUAUUGGACUGAUAUGAAAAAAAUUCUUGGACUCAGUUAGACUGACAUCCAUUGUAAAGUACUCAUAUUUUAUUUUUUGGUAAUUCGGAGGUGGUAUUUUUUGAUUGUUUAAAAAUUAUUUAUAAUUUUGUAUAUUUCAGUGUGUUGUGUGUUUCUGAUUGUUAUAUUUGCAAUAGAUUAUAUUAUUAUAUAUAAUAUCAUGUGAAUAUUUCAAAUUACACCAUAAUGGUGUCUUCCAGAAACUAUUAAAGGGUAAUUUGAUUCAAA